CAGAAGGAAGGAGGGAGGGAUCGGGCGACAUCUUGGAUUCAUGAGUGAACGGUGACCGCAGUGUGAAACACGGUACCGACACCAAACAGACCCAGGAACACUGAUCUCCAGCCAGAACACAACACAGAUCUGACAGCAGUGAGCUGGUCCGGUCCGUUCUAGGGUGAUAGUGGGCAGCGAUAUAGAGUAUUCCAGCAUGGCUUGUGAACACUGAGCAAGACCACCAUCAUGAUUGGAGGACUCUUCAUCUAUAAUCACAAGGGCGAGGUGCUGAUCUCUCGUGUCUACCGUGAUGACAUUGGGAGGAAUGCUGUGGACGCGUUUCGUGUCAACGUGAUCCACGCUCGGCAGCAGGUCCGCUCGCCCGUCACCAACAUCGCCCGCACAAGCUUCUUCCACGUCAAACGCUCCAACAUUUGGCUGGCUGCCGUCACCAAGCAAAAUGUCAAUGCAGCCAUGGUGUUCGAGUUCCUGUACAAGAUGUGCGACGUCAUGGCGGCCUAUUUCGGCAAGAUCAGCGAGGAGAACAUCAAGAACAACUUUGUGUUGAUCUACGAGCUUCUAGAUGAGAUCCUGGAUUUUGGAUACCCCCAGAACUCUGAGACUGGAGCCUUGAAGACCUUUAUUACCCAACAGGGUAUAAAGAGCCAGCAUCACACGAAAGAGGAGCAGUCUCAGAUUACAAGUCAGGUUACGGGACAGAUCGGCUGGAGACGGGAGGGCAUCAAAUAUCGCCGCAAUGAACUCUUCCUGGAUGUACUGGAAAGCGUCAACUUGCUGAUGUCACCACAAGGUCAAGUGUUGAGUGCCCACGUCUCUGGACGCGUGGUGAUGAAGAGCUACCUGAGUGGAAUGCCAGAGUGCAAAUUCGGGAUGAACGACAAAAUCGUCAUUGACAAGCAAGGCAAAGGAGGCACGACCGACGACACAGGCAAGAGUGAGUUAGGGGGCAGCAGUGGGAAACAGUCCAUCGCGAUCGAUGACUGCACGUUUCACCAGUGUGUUCGCCUCAGCAAGUUUGACUCGGAGCGUAGCAUUAGCUUCAUCCCCCCUGAUGGAGAGUACGAGCUGAUGAGGUACCGUACCACCAAAGACAUCAUCCUCCCUUUCCGCGUCAUCCCAUUGGUCCGGGAGGUGGGCCGCACCAAACUGGAAGUGAAGGUGGUGAUCAAAUCCAACUUCAAGCCAUCACUGCUGGCACAGAAAAUAGAGGUGCGCAUUCCUACUCCACUCAACACAAGCGGUGUUCAGGUCAUCUGUAUGAAGGGUAAAGCUAAGUACAAGGCCAGCGAGAACGCCAUCGUUUGGAAGAUCAAGCGAAUGGCUGGUAUGAAGGAAUCUCAGAUCAGCGCUGAGAUCGAGCUGCUACCCACUAAUGACAAAAAGAAGUGGGCUCGCCCACCCAUCUCUAUGAACUUUGAGGUACCCUUCGCUCCAUCAGGGCUGAAAGUGCGCUACCUGAAGGUCUUCGAGCCGAAGCUGAACUACAGCGAUCAUGAUGUCAUUAAAUGGGUGCGUUACAUCGGACGCAGCGGCAUCUACGAGACCCGCUGCUAACAGAGGCCCCUCCUCGAGCGAAGAUGGCGAAAUAAACACGAGCAGAAUGAAGUUAUUCAUCGUCUCAUUUCUCCUCCCCUUCUUUAACUUUUAUACGGUGGUCCAUUCACACUAAAAACAUCAAUGAAGGAAAACAUCCAAAACUGUAGAUUUAAACUUUUCUCAUUCCACAAAUUCACUCUCUGUGAGAUGUAAUCCUCCCGUUUUUUUUUUUCAUUCUUCCACUACAUACAUUCCAGACCCUCAUUGAAUCCAUACUAAUGUGGGGCCUUGGCUCCUUUCCAUCACAUGAUUAGCACUGAACCUGUGUUUCUGCUUACAAACGGCAUCAAUGUAGCCAUUUUCUUGCUCCCCCCACUUCUGUUGUCCCCCCACUUCUGUGGACCCAGAAAACAUACAUAGUACUUCUUCAUUGGGUAUUGCUCACAUUGUUAUUCUUUGUGAAUGUGUGUGAAUGAUAAACCAGUGGCCCCACAUUGUUCUUGAGUGUAAACAUUGCUCAUUCAAAAAAAAGAAUAAUGUACGUAAACUGAUGAUGUAAUUGUCUAGUUUUUAUUUCAAUUUUUGUAUUCGUCUCCGUGUAAGUGUUUCUCAAUGUGACCAAAAUGCUCCGAGGUGAGAUGAGGGUGCUUGAAUUGCAGCAACAAAAAAUCUAUCGCCUAAGUAUACAUCUGUAUACAUGUACGCUAUUCACUGUAAGAUGGAGUAAAAAUAUAACAACCACAGAGCUGAUUUUGAGUUUCAGCAUUUAUUUGGUGUCAUAAAGUGUGUGAUUUUGUGCUUAACAUUCAUUUCUUGUCACACUUUCAUUCACCACUUUGUUUACUUAACCAAAGUUUACCGGCUGAGUUUCUGAGUUAGUCCUAUUGUCAGGAAUGCAAGUUGAAUGGAUAGUUUUUCCCAAAUGGAUUACACUCAAGUCUUUCCUGAGGAUGAUUUGUAAGCCUCAUUCCUGUGACGCAAGUAGGAAUUUGGAGAUGUCACAAUAUAUAAGGCUUGCUCUCCUUUAAUGUGCAUGAACGCAUCUCCUGUCCAACGAAGGCAUCAGUGGUAUUAACUUUAAUGCAAAGCAUAUCAGGUUGAACAGCACCGAGAUGAAAGCAGUUUAGUGUUGACUUAACUUUUAAUGAAAACCGAAUUCUGAAAUCGAUGCCGUUUCAGACGACACUACAAAAGUGAGCCUAUACGGAGUAAUUGUACACUUGUGUCAUAACACUUUACACUUUAUUGUCAGACCUCAGCUCUGAUAGAUGAUCGGUGUUUGUUUGCAACAGUGUGUGUCAUCUUCAUUUUGUUACAGUGUGAUCGUUGUCUUAAUCCUAAUAAAAAUUUCUAAACUA